UCUUUUCCUCGGAGGCGGAGGCUGGACGGCCGGGAGGGCGCUGCUCCUGCCCUUCCUGCUUCGGCACCUGGCAGAAAAGAGGAGGAGGGAGAGGUGGGGCGAGGAAGGAAGGAAGGCAGGUAGUCCAGCGCCGGAGGUGCACCGGAGCAGGAGCGGGAGGAAGAGGAAAGCCACCCGGGCCCCCCCUGCAGCCUCCGCCGCUGGACUAGCGCCGCCAUGGCCUUCCUUUCCAGGAGGCCUCCUGGCUUCCUGCUGCUCGUGGCGCAGCUGGCAGCAGCCGUGGAGAUCUACACGCCAGGGACCCUGGAAGCACUGAAUGGGACGGACGUGCACCUGAAGUGCUCCUUCCAGAGCCAUGCCCCCAUCACCCAGCGACUGACUGUCUCCUGGCACUUCCAGUCCCUGGCCAAGGGCCCAACAGAGUUUGUGUUCUACUACCAUGAACAGGCCUACCCACCUGAGACGGGCCACUUUUCGGGCAGAGUCACAUGGAAUGGCAACGCCCUCAAGGGGGAUGCCUCCAUCAUGAUCUGGAACGUCAGCCCCAGGGACAACGGGACCUUCCAUUGCCUCGUGAAGAACCCACCCGACGUGGCCGGAGUGGCCGGGGAGAUCCAGCUGAGCGUUGUCCUGAAAGUGAGCUUCUCAGAGAUCCAUAUUCUGGCCCUGACCAUCGGUGGGGCCUGCGCUCUGAUGAUUGCCAUUGUGGUCGUGGUGGUGGUCUGCCGCCAGAGGCGGAAAGCAAGGCAGGAGCCGAAGGUGGAGACGGAGCUGCCUGAGAAGGAGAAGCUGCGCAGAGACCCAGCGGAGGCACAGGAGGCGACUCUACCAGGAGAGGAGGCAUGACCCCCCCCCAUCGUAGAUCCCCAAACCCCAACCCUUGCUGCUGAAGCUGCUGGAGGAAGAGGAGCAGUCCCUGUUCCAGAUCCAAGGCUGCAGCAGAUCACUGCUUGGAGGAGGAAGAGGAGGCAGCGAGGGUCUCCCUUCAUCGUCUCGAGAGCUCUUUCUGGCUCUAGCUGUUGGAGGAAAGGGAAGACCCCCCCCCUGCAAUAUGCUACCUCUGCGCUAUGGAAGCCUGUGAGCCUGCCUGACCAGACCUGCCACUUCUUAAUAUGGACACAUGUGGCUGGAAGGGGCCACCCUCUUAAAUGCCCACCCUCUUAAAAAAGAAAGCAACCCAGACAGCCCCCAAAACUUGAAAAGGAGAAGCACCUCGUGAAGGCAACUGAACCCUGCGUGGUCCCCCUCCAGCCCUGUUUACCUGAGAAGCAGCUCAAAAGAGAGGAGGGAGGAGGCUUCCUCUCACCUGGAGGUCUCCUGCAAACACUGCCAAGGGGAGGGGCCAAGAGGCAGAGGGGUCCUCCCUGGGAGGGAGCUUUGUGCUGGAGGAGCCCCCCCCCCAACCUUCUUGGACCUUCAGAGACUUGUUUGAGGUGAUGGCGCUGGGUGGGGAUGGCCGGCCGCUUCCUUCCCCGGAAAGGAUGGGUCCUAGGUCCAGAGGCUGUUGGAUGGGUCUGUACCGUCGUGGGGUGGAGGGAGGGCCUCAGUGGCCCAAUAGUUGUUGAUUCCACUCUUUCUGCAUUGAGCCAGAGACAAAAACACCCCCCCCAAGCGAAACAUCACCCUUCCCUCAUAUUCAGUGCCUUUAACACCUUCCAGCCCCCUUCCCACAAAGUUCUCUACAUUGCUUGAAUGGAUUUCCUA